AUGGCUUUCUGCCCCAUAGACAAUGGACAUUUCUGCUUUCGCCACAGGACCUCCUGGCACCGCGAUUUCACCUGUGAACAAUAUGAUGCUUUCCUUGCCGACCCCCAGAGCUUCAACCGCAAAGUCCGGACGCGGGGAGAACUAGAUGAAACAUCCAAACCCGUUAAUCACACGUCCCGCUCACGGUCGGAACGCCUUUUAGCUGAAAGGAAGGCCAGGGAGGCAGCUGAGCGCAAACGAAGACAAGAAAUUCAACAGCAUAAAGAUAGGUUGAUAGCAGAAGAGGUCGCAACAGCCAGUGUUAUAAAACAUUGCCCAAGAUGCAACGUUGAAAUUGAAAAGGAUGGAGGCUGGUGA